UAGGAGAUCGAAAUUUCGACCGACGGAAAAAUACUUAUUUGUGCAAAUUUUCAAGUAAUAAAAAAUUGUCUUGACGAAAAAUUUCUGCGUUAUCAAAAUCCCCACUAAACCUUUAAAAAAUAAAGUUCAUCAUCCUCUAAACCUAUACUUUGCGAAGCUUUCCGUCAGAAAAGAAGGUCUAAAGUCUGUUUCAAUAAAAAGCUCAAAUUGAAAGGUUUUUCUAAAAAGCAUUUACGAGAAAAAUUUUCUCAUACUGCUCCAAAAAUGUCUCGAGGGCGCAAAACGAGCACCGCAAAAACUUCGAGGAACAAACCCGUCAAAAUAAAAGCCUCAAAAAGGUCGAAGCAGAGUACUCGCAAAAGAGAUCCAGAAUCAGCACAAAAUGUCAGCAAGAUGCAAAGUUCAAAAAAUAAACCCAAACCAAAAGUUGCUCAGAGGAAACCUACUCAAAAUCUGAAACAGCUGUCUCCUAAGAGAGCGUCGAAAAUGACCCAUGGUCAGGAAUCUAUGACAACCCCAAAAGCCCUGGUAAAGCCAAAGCAACUGUCACAAGGACCCUCGAAAGCAUUUCAAAAACUAUUCGGAAACAAUAUCGCGCUGCUAACCUCCAAGGCCACACACAGGUUGUAUCCAUUUUCACAGAAGAUGAACCUAAUGACAGCCCAAAGGAUGCUUGCAGGUGUAAAUACCUCUCUAACCUCGAGAGCCUUAAGGUCAAAAUCGACGGGAGAGCCGAGGGUAAUACCACCGCUUUCGAACCUCCCUCAAGCUGUCGCCUCCCAGCAGGUAUUCUACCACGCAGUGCUGAGGAGCGUUGCAGGUUGUAGCGAAUCAGGGGCUACUCGUGAAGAAGUAUCCCGCACCGUGAGCUCCAUGUUAGGUGUGUGUCCGGUUGUGAUGGAACCCAUCGUCGGAGCAGCGUUGAGCCACGCCGCGGUAGGUAAAUUGAUCGAGAGCAACCAUGGUAGAUUCGUGCCUAAAUACCCGGAGCAAUUGCGGGCACUCCCUAUUGCUGAAAAUAGUAUACCCGCGCCGGGAGAGGUAUGCACUCUGGACGACAUCAUGGAUCGAACGGAUGACUGGUUGCAUAUCUUCAAAGAGUGUGCGUUGCUCACGAGGAACGAGGUGACUUGUUUUUGAAAAUUUUGAUUGGUGAUGUAGUGAUUUAAUUUGAGAUUCGUCAAAGUAUCUUCAGAUUAUGGCGUAUGCGCAAGAGGAACUUCCAAAAUAUUUCAAAGCAGGCGAUGACUGACCAACACAAGAUACUAUGGCAGCUUUAAUGGAGAAGGAGCUUAAUAUUUUUUUCAUCUUGUUUCAUGAAGAUUUAUUAUUAAAUAUUUUUCUUUUCUACUCUCCCUCUCCCUUCCUCUAUCCACUCUUCUCCACGGAUUCGGCCUGUAACCACAUGAAUAUCGUGAAUAAUGGAAUGAUACAACAAUUCAAGCUUCCGUGUGUUGCGUGGUAUCAUUCUCAAUUGAAGGCGUUUUUUUCUUUCCUUGAGUCGGGCUUUCCUUCUGAUCUCACUCCCCAUUUCUUCUCUCCCCUUCUCUGCCUCUCCUCCUUCCCCUUCCUUCCUUUCUUUUUUCCUUUCCCUCCCCCCUUCUUUCCUUUCUCUCUCUACCCCUGUACAUUCUAGCGCAAAUUAAAAUAAGGGACCAGAUGAUUUUUGUGUGUGUUCUCACGCAAGAGUAAUUAAAAUUCAUUUAAAAGUAUGGUAGGCUAUAGGCACGUAAAUAUAAUUGGAUCGCAUUCGUCACUUAAAAUAUUACUGAAGAAAAACGUCUCUU